UAGUUGGUCUCCAGAUCCUCCAGUACCAGGUCUGAGCAGGUCUGGUAGGUGGUUUGCUGUCUGCUGACAUGCCUGGUGUGUGAAAAUUGUAAUCUUGGUGGAAAACAUUUCAGAGGAUAUUUUAAGCAUUUCAUUCAAACUGUGGGAGGGGAGGUGACAUGUAUUUAUUUAUUCAGCCCUUCUUUUAAGCUGAGAGGGCAGAACUGAUGCUCUCUACAACCUCUUUAGACAACAAGUUUGUCAAGCUUUGAGGGCUGACACACUGUUCUUGGUGCUUUAAUGUCCAGAACCUCAGCAAAGCUCUGAGCUAGUGUGUCACCAUUGACCUCAACUCUGUUCUCAGAAAUGGACACACCAGUGUUCAUGGGUAUCGCCAAACACAAGUAGGCAGUUUAAAAUACAGUUGAGGAAACAGUAAACAAGAAGUCGGAAUAUCAAGAUUAAAAAUAGCAGUAACCUUUGCAGCACACUUCAUAUGAUAGGGAAGCAUCCACACGGUCUCUGUGAUCACCAGAAAAUCUGGACGAUGUAGGAGCCAACUAACUCCAGCAGAUGGCAGGAAGGCGACAUUUAGGACGCGAGCUGCCGUGAAAUGCGAGGAAGGAGAAGAAGAAGAGCUCAACACUUCCGGCAAAAAUACAAACACAUUUCUCAAGCCGGACUGCUCAGUCAUGACAAGGUGGGCAAGAGCCAAUAAUGUCCACAAACACAAACCAGCAGAGGCCACUCCGUGGAAUCAGCUGAAAGGAGGAGGAAGAGGAAGAGGAGGUCAUCAGGGAGGCUCAGGUAUUAAAUACGGAGCUCAAAGGGAUCAUCUGAGAGGGACUCAGCCUGGCGGCUCUGAUGUGAAAAAACCUAACCGUAAGAAAAAGGACUACGAUAAUGAGGACGUGAACGGUUUCCUGGAGUAUCUGCAACAGAGCGGACGACCACUACCUAGAUCCAAUAGAGGAGGGAGGGAGGAAGAGGAGCAGAUUAGGCAGGAGGUGCACACUGCUCUUAGGAAAGACCAGAGGAGAGAGGACAGACGGAUAAAGAGGCAGACAGAUAAGAAAAGCAACAUGCUGUGUUUUAACUGCAGGAAACCGGGUCACGGUUUGGCCGACUGUCCAGAGGCGGACAGAGACGAGGAGAUGGGCCGAGGCAUCUGCUACCGCUGCGGCUCCACUGAACAUGAAAUCCAGAAAUGCAGAGCUAAAGUCGACCCUGCACUUGGUGAAUACCCGUAUGCUAAAUGCUUCAUCUGUGGUCAGACCGGACACUUGUCACGCUCCUGCCCUGAUAAUCCUAAGGGAAUGUACGCACAAGGAGGCUGUUGUCGUGUUUGUGGCUCAGUGGAACAUUUUCAGAAGGACUGUCCAGAGCACCAGGCUUCAACAAACUCUUUGACUGUGGGCUGGUUGUCCAACAAUAUGAGUGCAGACCAUGAGGAGGUGCAUGUUCCAGUGAAGAAAGCCAAACCCAAGCAGACUAAAGUGGUGACGUUCUGAGUUCAUCUGACCGGCAUCACCGCCUGGACUAUGAUAAAUGGACUAAUUAUUGUUCACAUGUAGUGAGCUUGGACUUCAGAUAUCUAUUUCCCUUUUUGUAUAAUCAACAUCCUUUCAAUAAAGUAUCACCCCUGUGUAUUUACAGCUUUA